UUCCCUUUGUCUCGCCUUUGCUAAUCACACAGAAAGCAGCACGUUCAUCACUGGCAUGUCCAACCUCACACACAUACACCAGAGAGUUGAAGAGCAUGAGAAGAGCCAACUACACAGAGGUUGCGCUGAGGCAUAUUUUCUCAGAUCUUCAAGAAGCACGAUCCAGGACCUUCUCAUGGGACCUCAGAUGUCACUUCACAGAGAGCAAGUCCGCAGAAGGCGACAAGUGUUGGAGCGCAUUAUAGAUGUAAUAAAGCUCAUCGGCAAAAGAGGUUUGAGCUACAGAGGCAGGCAGAAAGAGGCAGCAUACACACUGGAUGACGACACUAUUGACCAUGGUAACUUUUUGGAAAUAACAGUUUUACUGGGAAAAUAUGAUGUUUGUCUCAAGGAACACCUCACUCUCUGCAUCGAAAAGAGCAAGCAGAUUCACCAGUCUGGUUCAACAAAAGGUAGAGGUGCCCUUGUCACUCUCCUAUCCAAAACGACCAUCGACUACAUCAUCACCACCAUUCAACGCCUCAUGAAAAGUGCCAUCGCUGCUGAAGUCCGGAAAUCUGGAAUGUACUCGGUCCAGAUCGACACCACACAGGACAUCACAGCCCAUGAUCAGUGCUCUGUUGUCAUACGGUAUGUGACAGACACUGUUCAUGAGCGACUAGUUGCUGUGACCAGAUGUGAGGCUUCCACUGGGCAGUACUUUGCCCAACUUGUGAAUGGCGUGCUGGUGGCCAUGGAUCUGGAUGUGAAGCAGUGUAUUGGGAAUUCCACCGAUGGGGCCUCCAAUAUGCAAGGCCAAUAUAAAGGCUUCUCUGCAUUGCUCUCUGAAAAGUGCCCAACACAAAUCCAUGUGUGGUGCUAUUCACACAUAUUAAAUCUUGUGCUGACAGACACAACACAGUGUGUGCUGGCAAGUGGCUCUCUUUUUUCUCUUAUGAACCACAUCGCUGUCUUCUUCAGAGAGUCCUACCAGAGGAUGAACAUCUGGGAAAAGGAGAGCAAAGACCCAAGACGCAGACGUCUCACCUCUAUAGGAGAAACGCGCUGGUGGUCCAAAGAUGCUGCUCUGACGAAGGUGUUUGGCUCUUUUGGAAAGCCAGACGGGGCCCUGUAUUUUGAUGUCCUUCACACCCUCUCAGCCAUUCAAGAUGGAGAGACCAUCAAUGCCACGGCGAGAGUAAAUGCCCAGGGAUACAUCGGCCAGCUUCUAAAGUAUGAAACUAUACUAACAGCUCAGAUCUUCCUGCGAAUUUUCCAGGUCACUUCACCAGUUUCAAAAUAUCUUCAAACCAGUGGAAUGGACAUCCUGACAGCUCAUCGGAUGGUUGCGACUGCAGAAGCAGAGCUGAAAGAAAUGACCAGAGAUUUUCAGAGCAUCAAGACAGCAGCCGACAAAUUCAUCCAGUGGGCCAACUAUAAAAUUGGGGAGGAGAGUGAGGAGACUGAGCUGGAGGUGGAGACCACUCUGCCACAGAAACGGGGAAGAAGGAAAAAAUCGAUGCCUGGAGAGAGGUCCCGAGAUGAGGCUGUGACAGAUGCCGAAGCAUCAUACAAGAUUGAGGUUCACAAUCGAAUAAUGGACACAGUCGCAGGAAGCAUGCACCAACGUUUCCUCAAGAAUGGCACUUUGUAUGCUGAUCUGGCACUUCUGGACCCAAAAAACUUCAGCCAGGUUAUAUCCUACGGCGAAAGUUUCCCAGAGGCAGCACUUCAAGAGCUAAGCAAAUGUUUGCUGCCAUUUGAUGACAGAGCAACAGAGGCAGAGUUACAGAGCGAACUCAAAAGUCUGGCACGACAAUGGGAUAGGCUGAAGUCAUCAGUAUUUGAUGAAUACACAACAAAGACAACAGAACCCGGGCCAGAGGAUGCUGAAGAUGAGGCAGAGAUAGUGUACAAAAAGUGCUCAUCUUGCAAGGACUGUCCAAUCUGUUGCUACCGAGUUCUGAAGCAGUACAACCUCCUGACAGAUGCAUACCACAUCAUAGGCCUUGCAUACAGGUUCCUGCUUACCCUCUCUGUCACACAGGUAGCAUGUGAGCGAAGCUUUUCAACCCUGAAAUACAUAAAAAACAGGCUCAGGAGCUCACUCUCUCAACAGCACCUGGAGGCUUUUAUGUUGAUGGCUACUCAAACAGAUGUUUUGCAGAUGCUGGACAGUGAGAAAAUCAUUGACGGUGUUGCAGAAAAGAGUGAGCUGCUGCAAAAACUACUCAUAAGGCCACUGACUGUUCGAUACGCGCGAUCCAUUGAGUGGGCAACGCGGCUACUUAGUGGGCCGCGCGCCGUGUAUUGAGUGGGCCGGUCUGACAGAAACUCCCGGGCCACUUUUUUCCCCCAGUCCGCCCCUGCGUACACGUACCGGUGGGACGGGUUUGUACGAGGCUGGGAGGGAAUCAUCACAGUAUACCCACUACAAUAAAAUAGACUACACCACUGACUUAAACAUAUUCAAGACACCUCGUU